AAAUCCAGUGCAGUAUUAAUCCACGGAGGUGCUGUGGGGACAGUUGGCAGUACAAUGGCUUCUCAGUACCUCGUAGUGGCUCUGGCCGUUUUCUCCUCUUUUACCCAGGUUGUAAUAGAAGCCAGCUCUUGGUGGUCUUUAGGGAUGAACCCCAUGAACCCCAUGAACCCUGUUCAGAUGUCAGAGGUGUACAUUAUAGGAGCCCAGCCCCUGUGCAGCCAGCUAGCAGGGCUUUCCCAAGGACAGAAGAAGCUCUGCCAGUUGUAUCAGGACCAUAUGCAGUUCAUUGGAGAGGGUGCAAAGACGGGCAUUAAGGAGUGCCAGUAUCAAUUCAGACACAGAAGAUGGAACUGCAGCACUGUGGACAACAACUCUGUUUUUGGCAGAGUCAUGCAGAUAGGCAGCCGGGAGACGGCGUUCACCUACGCGGUAAGCGCGGCCGGCGUGGUCAACGCCAUGAGCCGCGCGUGCCGGGAGGGCGAGCUGUCCUCGUGCGGCUGCAGCCGCGCCGCGCGGCCCAAGGACCUGCCCCGGGACUGGCUGUGGGGCGGCUGCGGCGACAACAUCGAGUACGGCUACCGCUUCGCCAAGGAGUUUGUGGACGCGCGCGAGCGCGAGCGCGUUUACCAGCGAGGCUCCUAUGAGAGCGCGCGCAUCAUGAUGAACCUGCACAACAACGAGGCCGGCAGAAGAACGGUGUACAACCUGGCUGACGUGGCCUGUAAGUGCCACGGCGUCUCCGGCUCGUGCAGCCUCAAGACCUGCUGGCUGCAGCUCGCCGACUUCCGCAAGGUGGGCGACGCCCUGAAGGAGAAAUACGACAGCGCCGCCGCCAUGAAGCUCAACAGCCGGGGCAAGCUGGUGCAGGUGAACAGCCGCUUCAACGCGCCCACCAUCCACGACCUGGUGUACAUCGACCCCAGCCCCGACUACUGCGUGCGCAACGAGAGCACGGGCUCCCUGGGCACCCAGGGCCGCCUGUGCAAUAAGACCUCGGAGGGCAUGGACGGCUGUGAACUCAUGUGCUGCGGCCGGGGUUACGACCAGUUCAAGACGGUGCAGCGAGAGCGCUGCCACUGCAAGUUCCACUGGUGCUGCUACGUGAAAUGCAAGUUGUGCACAGAGAUCGUGGACCAGUUUGUGUGCAAAUAGGGCACGGACGAGGUGGGAGGAGCUGCAGCCGCCUGCCAGCAAAGGGGUGCAGGCCCCUCUCCCUUUCAGCAGGACUAUCUCCACUUUAUUUAUAGAGUCCAAGGAGUUUUCGUCUUCUUUUAAGAAAAUUAAAAAUUAAAAAAAAAAAAGAAAAUAAAAAAAAGGGCGGGGAAGGAAAAGAAAAAAAGAAAGAAAAAAGGAAAAUAUAAAGGUUGCAAAGAGAAGUGCCUGGAAACCCUCUCUGCGUCCAUCCCAGAACUGUGUGAGGCUUAUAUUUUUGGCAAUAAUGGGGGAGAAUCUGAGAAUAUUUAUUUUACAAAGUUAAAAAAAAAAAAAUGACUUUUCUUACGAACAGUAGAGUAGUUUGAGGGGAAAAGCCGACAUAUCCUAAUUUAGAUCCAUGGAACGUAAUACACGUGCAGUAGACAGAGCAACCAUGUAAUGUGCUUGGGGUGUUAGAGCCAUCCUUAUGGAUGUGAAGAACACACAGAGCUGUCCAUGACUUUUAGGUUCAGACACUAGGAGUUCCUAGAGUAGGGUGUAUAAAGCUGUUCAGUGCAUGUAGGGCUCUGUAAAUAAGGGGUAUGUUCAUCACAAGGGCAAAGAGCAAAGGAUCAGAAAGGCUUCAACUGCGCUAUCCCCGAGUCACCGGGGCUGGUUCCAGAACUGAGCAAGACAGGAAAAAAAAACCCAGAAAAAAAAAAAAAUCUGCCUUGGUGAAUAAUAAAGAUAUUCUUCAAGGCAGAGCUUGGCCUCAUCAGCCCAUUGUGACGUUCGGGUGUCUCGUGUGCCGCAGCAGCGCGUCCCCGGGCCGGCUGCCCGCAGCACUGGGGCUGGGCAAUGCUCACACACAGCUUUGCUUUCCCAGCCUGCAAAGCCCAUGGAAGGGAGAGUUCCCCACAUUUGAAAAUGCCUUAAAAUGGUGUAAGAGCUGGCUGUCUUUCAAAACACAGCUUGACAAAUAACUCCUCUAAUUUUAUGUGAGAAAAUAAAUCAUUAGAUAUCCGCUCUUGGAAUGACUGAUUUUUAUUUUUUUCGCAGAUUUUGGGAACGCUUUCACUCAAGGAGACAGUAGUUUCAUAUUUUAAUAACAUUAACUGACUAUUAUAGUUCAAUGAAACGUUGCAGCAAUACCAAAUUUAUCAUCCUAUGUCUUUAAUACACAUACUUUAGAUUAUAUACUGCAGAUAUACACUAUACAACUGUUCAGACUAUACUCGAGCAGUUACUUAUAUAUGGGAGAGCUGUGGUCUCUGGUGUCUGCUACUUCAAAGCUUUUUGUACAUAUAUAUUUUAAUGAUUUAGAAAAAAAUAAAACAUCUAAAUUAAAGGGGCAGUUCAUCCCUUAUUUUCUUUUUCAGAUCUCUUCAGGUGUUUAGAUUGAUUCUAAGCUUUUGGUGGGUUUUUAUUUUUAAUUAUUAUUUUUUAAAGAACUUGUAGCAUUCAGAAGUUUUAAGGAUAAUCACAAAGAAGUAAGCCUCUUCCCAAUUUCAGGACUUCCUUGGGUGGUUGGUAGAGGCAGCACCCUGCACUUGAAUUGAUACCAGUCUGGAGAUCACUUCUAUUCCACCCUCACAUUAAGGGCAUUAUUGAUUAUUGCUGAAAGGAGACACCUUCCAACUCCAAAAUGUGCUGCAUUCGGCCCUUGCUUUUCAGUUUUUGAACAGAGAAUUGUUACUUGUCGAACAAUACGUGUUCCCCCCAUGCUGUGUAGCUACACAGGGUUUCAUCUUUGGUUCAGAUGCCACUUUCCAACUCAGUCCCAUCCUACAAGUUAAAGAAAAUGGUUUUGAAGGUACCAAGUGAAGAAAACUUUUCACUUUAGCCUAGUUGUACUAAAGCCUUGACUUUCACAAGCCUUUAAGCUGUAUCAUUAAAUUCAUCUUGAUCAUUUAUCAGCUUCUUAAUGGCGCUUUAUUGCUCUUAAUUUAUUGUACAAGGACAUAUUUACCCCUCAUCUUCAGAUGUUUGAAAAGAAUAUCUUUAAAGUAAGAGAAAUAAAUAAAGCACUAAUUCAUUGAAUAUGUCACUUUGGUUUUUAUUGUACAAAAACCAUGAUCUUUUUUUUCAUUUGCUGAAUCACCUCAUGUUCCUUUUUAGUGACUUCUGUCUGAGCAGAAUUGAAUCUCAUGAUCCUAGCUAUUAAAACCCUAUUUAAUGUAAAAUAUUUUACCUGUCAUUCAGAUAUGUAAAUCUUCUAUGUCCUUUCCUCUGUUCUGUACAUUUAAUGUACAUAUUUCUGUCUUGUGUGAUUUGUAUAUUUCACUGGUUAAAAAAAAAGAAAGGAUUAUGCCAUAAUUGAAGAUAGACUAUAAAAAUAAAACUUUGGUUGUAUAUUG